UACUCCAUGUGUUCAGAUCUCAAAAUUUGCUGAAGAUUUUUGCAGAAAAAACAGCUUUAAAAUGUCUGAUUUUGAUAUGGGUAGUAGUUCAGCUGGUAUGCUGGACAGCUCUAAGAGAGCACAGCUCAUGGAUCAAGUCAAGAGCCAGAUCGCUGUAGCUGCUGCUCAGGAAUUAUUACAAAAAAUGUCUGAUAAAUGUUUCAAGAAAUGCAUAUACAAACCAGGAACAUCACUGGACAACUCUGAGCAGAAAUGUAUAGCGUUAUGUAUGGAUCGAUAUAUGGACUCAUGGAACACAGUAUCAAGAGCAUACAAUGCAAGAUUACAGCGCGAACAUAGCAUGGGACAUUGAAUAUUGCCUUUUGUUGAUUUGCUCUUUUCAGUGAGGGUCAGGGGAUGGGUUUAUAUUUCCUGUGAGACAGAUAUCGCUUUUGAAUACAGUCUCACAAUCAAUGCACACCACUGUUUUUGAAGACUAUAGACUAGUUUGUUAAAGUUAAGCCUAGUUUAAAAGUCAGUAAUAUAUACCAUUAAAAAUCAGUUGGACGUCAAAA